CCCAGGAUAAAGUCAUUCGGAAUCCUCAAGUAUAUUCGCAUAAGGAAAGAUUUCUCAUCUGCGACUGCGUCUAAUUUUCUUAAUAUUUUUUUAGACUUGUUUCUUAAUAAUUUUGAAAUAACUGCUUUAGACAAAUAUUAUCUAUGGCUACCGACCAGUCGGCUCUCCUACUAAGAAAACAGCUGGCAGAUCUGAACAAAAACCCAGUCGAGGGUUUUUCUGCUGGUCCGGUGGACGACAGUGAUAUUUACAAGUGGGAAGUUGUGAUAAUUGGACCACAGGACACUCUCUAUGAGGGGGGGAUGUUCAAGGCGUUACUUACGUUUUCAAAAGACUAUCCACAGAAGCCACCCAAGAUGAGGUUUACCACUGAAAUGUGGCACCCAAACAUUGAGAAGGAUGGGUCUGUGUGUAUAUCUAUCCUGCAUGAGCCCGGUGAUGACAAGUGGGGGUAUGAGAGUGCCUCAGAGCGGUGGCUUCCCAUCCACACAGUGGAGACCAUCAUAGUGAGUGUCAUCUCCAUGCUGGCAGAGCCGAAUGACCAGUCACCCGCCAAUGUGGAUGCUGCCAAAAUGUGGAGAGAACAUUUUGAUGAAUUUAAGAAGAAGGUGUCAAGAACUGUACGAAGAAGUCAGGAGGAAUUUGAAUGAUGCUUGCAACAAUAGAUUUUUAAAAAAUUUCCAUUACACAGCAUCACUUGUUUGGUAUAUGUUUCAUCAGGGAUUUGCAUGCAAUAUGCUUACAAGAGUCCAAUCAACUGCAGUUGUUUUAAGCAGAUUGCCUGUCCAUUGAACCCCAUUUGUGCAUAAUUUCACAUCAUAACUGUACAGAAGAUUGCAGCUUGUCGUACUAAUAUCUUAUGUAUAAUUUACGUAUAACACAUAUGCUUUAAUCUCCAUAAAACUCUUUAAAGUUGUUUUUCCUUUUGAAUCACAAAUAAAACUCCUAACAUUAUCGCUCAAUGAUUUUUUAGCCUUUUGGGGUGGUUUAACUAAUCAAAGGCAUAUUGUGUUUCUUUUCAUUGUUGAUUAGAAUUAAUAACAAUAUGAACAGGACUGGAAUUCUAUCCAUGUAUAAAUAGCAAGCUUACACACUGUUUUGUUUCAAGGUUAAAUUGGCAUUUAAAUAUGUUUUAUUUCAUUGUUAAUUUGGCAUUUAAAUAUUUCCUGUUUGGAAAGAAUGACAUUUAACAGUUUUCUGUGUGUUGGUUAAUUAUUUAUUCAUCUUUUUUCCAUUUCCUUUGAUGCAAAUUACUUUGUGCUGAUGCAAUUACCUUUACAUUUAUGUCAAACAAUUCUGUUCAGCUGUUGACUUAUUAAACAACUAUGACUGCUUUGUUUAUGCUCAUGUAUUACCUGCUUACUCCUUUGGAUCUUUAGUCGUCAACAUACUGUUAUUGUGGUUGUAUUGAUUUCUUACUACUUGGCUACGAGGAAAUUUAUAUCAAUAUGUAGAAUGAAUUUAUGUGUUGAUGUA